CUGCACUUUUUGAUAGACCACAACUAUCGGCUCUUGCUAAUGCUGAGGAGGUAUGAGCUGAUGUCAUCAUUGGAUGAAGAUGCUCUCGCGCGGUUAAGUAUUUUCCAGUUACCACACGCAAAAGUGCGUUGCUGGUGCUAACUCCUAUGAAACAUUUCCCUCGUCGCUUAAAGCUCUGCUUUUAGGAAAUCGAGAGGGAGAUGCAGAUAACGACAUGACGGUUAGUCCGUAAGUAGGCUACCGCGAGAGAGACAUAGAAUGUCCCAGAUUCAGGGGAAUUAUAACUGCGCAAUUCGUGUUGGAUCGCCGUGUCACUGGUCUCCUUAGAACAACGUGGUGCCCUAAACGAUGUCAAGGAAAGCAGGAAACAGCAAAAACAUGGACAUGAACUCUCCUCCAGAGAUGAUCUUUUCACUGUGGGUGAGGCCCAGAAGCAGAGACCCCGCAUCCAUCAGAGACACCCCUCAAGGCUGUCAGUAUGUUCUCCAUACUGGGCUGCAUGGCCUCAGUGACACGCCUCAUGAACUCAGUGCUCCCCUCUCUGGUGAAGAGCAUGCGCAGUGGAAACCAACACACAAGAUACACACACACACACACACACACACACACACACACACACACACACACACACACAGCAAGGCCAAAGGCAAGAUGAAGUCGCCAUCAUGCAGCACUCCUCCUCAUGCGAAGGGGCACUCGAGAUGGAGGGCACCAGCUGCAGCCCCUGUCUGAGGACAGCCAGCCAUCAGCCAACCACAAACGCGAACGUAUGAUGGAAGCCUUGACGAGCCAGUGACUUCCACAAGGAGUGUUGACUGGCAGCUGGGUCGGAUGCAGUUGCAGAGUGAGUGGACCCGCCUCCAGGGGCUCUGCACGUGGAUGGGUCUGAUGUGAACAUCCCAGCAUCAGAGCGGAGAGAAGAGAGGGGGAGGAGAGGAGAGGAGAGGGGAGAAGUGGAGAGAGAAAAGGAUCGGAGGAGGAGAGGUGAGGAAGAAUAUAAAAAAAGGAGAAAAGAAAAGGGCAUAAAGGACUGUCUGGUCCAAGAAGAAAGGAACAAGCUGACGAUAGUGUUUGUGUUUUUUUCUUUCUGUCUUUUUUUGUAAAGAAAAGGGUGCUCGGUCGGAGUCGUCUGCCAGUCAGCUAGUCAGCCGGCGUGCAUGAAGGGAGGCGUUUAAAGGGACGUGAAAGUGAACUUGGCUGCACUCUCACUCGCCCACCCCCACCACCACCAGCACCCUGCCCCCUCCCUCCCUCCCGAGUGGUCAUCUGAGCACGGAAGCAAACUCAGGCGCCGCGACGCUUCUCCUUGCUCGUCCACUCGCUCUCUGACCUGUUCACCUGCAAGGUAAACCUGAAGCUGCAGUAAGCCUGGUGCUGUUGCAACCUCUCAGUUCUACAGUGGAGGGUUUCACAGACGCAGCAGUGUGGCUGGAUGUAUCACACGGCAGAGCAGUCGUCAGGCCGUAACACAUGGGACUCCUUUCCCUCGGCCGGACUCAACCGACCACCAUGGGCACCAAUGACCAGUCGACACUGGGCUCGCCCCUCCAGUGGGGGAAUCUACCAAUCCCAUCAUCCCUCUCAAAAUCAUAUGGCAGGAAGGAACCAUCCAAGCAAAGCUCACAAUGACCGGCCUAUGGGUCCCCCUGGUGACCGUGUCCCCCAGCAUCCCCAGAGGGACCAGAGACCUUCCCAGCCCUGGGAGUCCCGCUACGAGUCCCACGGCCCACGGAGGAACCCUGAGUACCCCAGUGGCACUUACGGCAUGGGACCAGGAGGCCACCUGUCCAGCUCCAGUGGCCACAACCAGCCUCCACGGUAUGGGGGUCCCCCGGCGGUAGAGAGAUGGUCCCAGGCUUCCCCAUCCCGGCUCUUCCCCGAGAAUGCUUCGGCGGGCACCCUGAAGCGGCCGGCGCCCUCCCACCCUGAGAUGGCUGGGGUGCAGCGCGGCUCCCCCCAGCGCCACUCGCUGCCCCCUCGCGAUGACUGCCCCAGGAAGAAGAGCAAGUACACCAGCUCUGAGCAGGCUUUCCGGCCCCGGAUGAAACACUUCCCGGGUCCGUCCCAGCCGCCGCCCCGGCCGCGCUCUCACGGCUCCCCCACCUGGAGCCCCCCUUACCGCAGCGGCGGCCCCUGGACGCAGGCCAACCGUCGGAGCUCCCCGGCAGACUACCAGGAACCCAGUAAAUCAGACAUGAACGGCCACGCCCACAGAGGCCAUCCAUACCCCCUGGACACUCCACUGCCCCACUGUGCCCCACCCCAGGGCUUCCACUCCAGCAAACACCCCUCCCAGGGCUACCUCCACCACCCACGACCACAACCCCACCACAAUCAUCACCCCCACACCAGCCACAGCCACCACCCACCCUCCUCCUCCUCCUCCUCCAGCCAGCACGGCCACAGCCGCCCCCCGCAGCGAGGACCCAAAGGAGCCAGUGAUCACCGCCAGGCCCCCUCCUCACCAGCAGACUCCACCAGCGUGCCUUACAGUCCCACCCCACACCACCUCCGUCACUCCCAGCCACCUCCACCCCCACACACCCCACCACGGAGGCCCGCGGGCGACAGCAGCAGCAGUGGUCUCCAUGCUGGAGCCCCACAUCAGCAGCAGCGGAGCGUGCGCACGCCCCCACGGGAGGAAGGGAAAGCACAGGCACGGCAUGGCAAGCACAUCCCGGAGCACGGCAACCACGGUGUAGAGCGGGAUCAGCAGCACGGGAGGGUUUCCAUCAGACACAGCACCAUCCCCACCAUAACCACCACCACCACCUCAUCUCUCUCCCCCAAAUCUCUCCACCCGCCCUCCAGCACGGAGGCCACGCGCAAGGCUGAGGACAGCCAGAGAGGCACUUGGUCCAAAUCUCCCAUAACGCCCAGCAGCGAGAGAGCAAGGCCACCUUCACCGGCCUCACCGCCCCUGCCAUCGCCGCAAUCACCGCCAGUCACAGAGCAGCACCAGGAGAGCCCAAACCUGACCCCACCGUCACCCGCCAUGAAGGACUCAGACCCUACCUCCCAUCGUCCCUCUUCCCCACUCGCUGACUCCAACACCCGGGGUGAGAGGUCAAAAGGUAAGGUCACUCCGAGCUCUUCUUACCAGAGCGGCUCUUCUGGUGUUGAACAGAGGGACGCAGGGGCCGCGCUGGACACAGAGGCGAGCAAGCGCACCCGCCCAGAGAAGAGGCCUCGCGAGGAGAGACGCCGGAAGAGGAGGAGCGAGAGAAAGGAGGCAGGGGAGAGGAAGAUGGAGGAGGAGGAGAAGAAGAAGAGGAGGGAGAGAGAGGAGAAACGGGGGGAGAAGGAGGGGAGAAGCUUGUCCCGGAAGGGAGAGGAGGGGAAAGCCAGGAAGCUGAAGAGUAAAAGUGGGAAGCAGGAAGGCAAGAUGGAGAAGAAGAGCUCGAAGACAGAGAGACUGGAGCAGAGAGGGAAGAAAGAAACCUCUGAGUCUCCACGGAAACGCUGUGCAGAAAUGGCAGCGACAGCCAAGCCACGACCCGCCGCGGUCGACCAGCAUGCACCGGCCAGUCAGUCAUCAGCCAAUCACACGUUGACUGCCACGGCGAGUCAUAAGAAACCCAAGCAAAAAGAGAGGGGCAGUAGGGGCGGGGUCGCCAGCCAACACCAGCCAAUCACUGCAAAUACCUCAGGGUUGGCCCUCCCCCACAGAGCACCACUAGCCAAUCACAACAGCGCCCUGCCACCACACUCAUCCAAAGACGCCACCCCUAAACGGGCCAGAGUGGGACCACGUCUCCCUGUGAGGGACUCUUCUCAAACCAGCAACAGUAUGAAAGCCCCGAGGCAUCCAAUCAUCAGUGAAAGCAGCUCUGAGGUACCCACUAACUGCCCUCCCUUCACCCCAGACCCAUCCAGCGGCGGGGCAGAGGAGAGACCGGCACUCCCCCGCCCAGAAGCCCCGGAACUCCAGCUUGCCAUGGGGGCCUGCAGCGACGACGACCUGGGCAAGGAGCCCCCGGGCAGCCCCCCGAUCCUUAGCCUGCAGGGCUCCCCUGUGUCCGUGCUGAGCGAUGAGGAUGAGGAGGACGAGAUGACCAAGGAGGAGAAGAUCAUCCUGUGCCGUCCAGUGCUGCAGCCAAGCCCGACGUCCAGCCCUGUGUACCCAUCGUCGCCCUGCAAAGUCGCCGCCAUCGUCCCAGCAGACGACACGAGGGCCGAGACGGGCACGGACCUCCGCCACAGUGACCUGGCCAAGCUGUAUGGCAUCACAGCCCUGCCCAAGGAGAUGGAGGAGGAGGAGGCUGAGGAAGAGGAGGCAGAGCAAAAAGACAGCAGCAGCAGCGCUGGGGACACGUCCGGCUCUCAGACUCCGCGCCGUCCGCACCUGCACCAGACGGGCCUUGGGGACAUGUUCAAGUCUCUGGCCUCCAUCUUGGGGAACCACAGGUACACGUACCGGGGGGGCCCGUUCGGGCGUCCGCCACCCAACGCUCUCGUCGGGCUGAAGUACUCCUCUUCUCUGUCCCUUGGCUCCGAAAUCCACUGCCAGGAACCACCGAGCGCGUCCACGACGCUCGCCAACCAGACUACCUCAGGACAGACACCUCCACCUCAACCACAGUCAGAGCCCACAUCAGACGAAGAGAGAGACUCGAAGAAACUCUUGCUGGAGGAAAGACCAGAGAAUUCUGGGAAGCCGAAGACAGAUCACGACCAGGUUGACAAUCCCGACUCGGAGAAAGAGUCCUUGCAGCUAUCCCCCAAGAAAGUUUCAGAGGGGAGAGUGAAGAAGUCUUCAAACCACAGCAAGCUGAACCACAACUGUGAUAAUGACUUAGCGAGCCAACCUGGCGCCUCCGCUGUGACCUGCAGCAAGGUCACACAAGAGAAGGAGAGGAGAGGAGAGAAAAAGAAAGAGAAAAGAGCUGAGGAAACAAGCAAACAGAUUAGGAAAGAACGAGACGGAGCGAAGUGUCAGAAGAAAGAGGAGAAAGAGCGAGAGAGUAGCCUGAAAAGGAAACGAGAGACCACAAAGGCAGAUGAACAAAAGGAGAGGAAGAAGCCAAAAGUGAAGAUUGAGGGAGAGAAUAAAGCUUUGAGUAUUUCCUCUUGCCCAUCGAAGACUGCCCCUGUGGGUCCCUCGAAACAGUCUAAGGAGAACAAGACCAGCUCUAAGGCUACUGACGACACCAAUCGCCAGUGCAAAGAAGAGAAGGUCCGGAAGGUCCGCGAGAAGACCCAAGCUGGUUCUGGUGAUAAGACAGAACCGCAUCCUGCUGAGAAGAAGAGCGAAGAGCAGGAGAAGGUGGAGGCAUCCACCACCAUCAGCAACUCCAUCACCUCAGCAGCCAAAGCAGCAACCGUUGCAUCAGUGUCAUUAUCAUCAUCAGUAUCAGCAUCAUCCACAAUAUCAAUAACUACAACAACAGCGAUGGCAGCUUCCACUCCAACCACAAACACCUCCACCUCAACCUCCACCUCCACCUCCACCUCCACCACCACCCGCUUCCCCGGAGGUCUGGGCAGGGCAGACUUCCUCAAGCUGCAGGCCUUGUCCAUCGGUCCCCCCAAGGAGCUAAAGAUCCGCCUGAUCAAGGUGGAGAGCGGCGAGCGGAGCACCUUCAUCGCCUCUGAGCUGGAGAAGAAGAGGGUCCCGCUGUCGGAGAUCAGUAUUAAGAACAAGGCCGAGGAGGUCAUCAACGCCUGCAAGAGUGCGUGUGUGAAGGGGAAGUUCCGUGAGUCCUACCUGCUCCCUGCUUUCUCAGUGAAGCCUGUUCUCUCCACUGAAACCCCUAUUCCCCGGGAGAAGCUCAACCCCCCCACGCCAAGCAUUUAUCUGGAGAGUAAGAGGGAUGCCUUCUCCCCCGUGCUUCUGCAGUUCUGCACCGAUCCUAAAAACCCAGUCACUGUCAUCAGAGGCCUGGCAGGGUCUCUACGCCUCAACCUGGGCUUGUUCUCCACCAAGUCCCUGGUGGAGGCCAACGCGGAGCACGCGGUGGAGGUGCGCACGCAGGUGCAGCAGCCGGCCGACGAGAACUGGAACCCCAGCGGCUCGGCGCAGACCUGGCCCUGCGAGAGCAGCCGCUCCCACACCACCAUCGCCAAGUACGCCCAGUACCAGGCCUCAAGCUUCCAGGAGAGCCUGCAGGAGGAGAAGGACAGUGAGGAUGAGGAUGAGGAAGAAAAGAAGACGUCUUCCACCGGCUCUGCAUCCAACCCAACCUCUGGAGUCACUAAUGGCAGCUCUGACCAGAAGCCAACUGGAAAGAUCAUCAAAUUUGGCACCAACAUUGACCUCUCGGAUCCGAAGAGGUGGAAGCCCCAGCUCCAGGAGCUGCUGAAGCUGCCGGCCUUCAUGAGGGUGAGCUCCAGCGGGAACAUGCUGAGCCACGUGGGCCACACCAUCCUGGGCAUGAACACCGUCCAGCUCUACAUGAAGGUGCCUGGGAGCCGCACGCCAGGUCACCAGGAGAACAACAACUUCUGUUCCGUGAACAUCAACAUCGGCCCUGGAGACUGCGAGUGGUUCGCUGUCCAUGAACACUACUGGGAGGCCAUCAAUGACUUCUGUGAGAAGCAUGGUGUGGACUACCUGACCGGCUCCUGGUGGCCAGUGCUGGAGGACCUGUACCGGUCCAACAUCCCCGUGUACCGCUUCAUCCAACGGCCCGGAGACCUGGUGUGGAUCAACGCCGGAACCGUCCACUGGGUGCAGGCCGUGGGCUGGUGCAACAACAUUGCCUGGAACGUCGGCCCGCUGAACUCGUACCAAUACCAGCUGGCCCUGGAGCGCUUCGAGUGGAACGAGAUCAAAAAGGUCAAGUCCAUUGUUCCCAUGAUCCACGUGUCCUGGAAUGUGGCCCGCACAAUCAAAAUAACAGACCCAGACACGCACAAAAUGGUCAAGCAUUGCCUCCUUCAGUCUAUGAAGCAGAUCCAGAUUCUGCGAGACCAGCUGCUCGCCUUGGGCAAAAAGAUCUCCUACCAGAGCCGCGUGAAGGACGAGCCCGCCUACUACUGCAACGAGUGUGACUUGGAGGUGUUCAACCUGUUGUUUGUGACGAGCGAGAGCAGCAACAGGAAGACGUAUGUGGUGCACUGUGAGGACUGCGCCCGCCAGCGGAGCCCCAGCUUGGCUGGGGUGGUCAUCCUGGAGCAGUACCGCAUCGACGAGCUCAUGACCAUCUAUGACAGCUUCACCGUGGCUCCCUUACCUUGCUCCAAGUGAAAUCUGGGCCUUUUUUGAGCGCCCCAUAAGCAGCCAUAGCCAAAUCCUUCCAGCUCUGACACUUGCUCCCUCAACAACCACUACUGUUCUGUCUCCGUGGGCAACAAGUCAAAAACGAAACAAACACGCACGUUUACACGUAUUGUUUACAUAACAGCACAGCUUUGGUAGACGAUACCCUCAGCCCCAUUGUCUUCCCAUCUCCCAUCUAUCAGCUACUUGAUCAGACACAAUCAAGGUCAUAAAGGGGACGACAAGAGAUUCCUGCUCUCGGCAAAGCAUACCGGACUCGGACAGAAAAAUGUGAAUUUGUGUCGGAAUUUCAUAUCAGGUCAUUUUAAACUUCAAAUGGAAACUGCUGUGAUUUACACGAGGUGUCAGGUGUCAAAAAACUAAACUAAACAAACAAAAAUGUAACAAGUGGCUGAACACGUGCAUUUAUUCAGGUACUACUUUAUUCUAUGAGUUACUCUUAUGCAAAUCUGACAGAAUCAUGGCCGGUCGGGUUCUUGUGUGUCUGUGAGUAAGGCGAGGCAGCUGUGUUUUUGCUAGCGUUACAUCAAGGGAAUCAGUUGAUCUCUAUGGCAUAGCUCAGAUUCUUUUUGAUGAUUCCUUUCAUAGUGUGAUGAAGCUCUUUUCAUUCUGUUUUUUGUCCUUGAUUUUUAAUAUUCUUCAUUGGGUGCUAUUUUGAUUUGAUGUUUUUAUUUAUUCUUAUUGUUAUGGUAUAGACUUAUUUCUAACAGCCUAGAGUUAUUACACCAUUUUGGCCUUGUGACUUGUAUUUAGAUAAAAGGUGAUUUAAAAAAAAACAACUGAACAGUGAAGUUUUUUUCUAAAGCAUUAAGAAUUUAAAAAAUGAAAUAUAUAUCUAUGUUUCUCCGAGUUCUCAAAAGAUACGAUACGGGUUUGCUUGAAGGCCGAUUUAGUUUCAUUUGUGUAAAGAAUCCAUGUGUGUGUGUGUACUGUGGAUCUUUUUGUAUAAUCCCAUUCCUGCUUCAACAGAGAUUGUCACACAUUUGUAAUUACAAUGCUUUUAAGUAUCAAAAUGGUGCUGUUUAAUUUAGUUUCAUUUUGUUAGUCUCUCUUUUCACAGUAUUUUUCCUUUGUGUUUGAAAAUCUAAAUUGUGUGUCUAUUUAUUUCAGGGUUUUGUUUGUUAGUUAGUUUCUUUGUGUGUUUGCUGUAUGUAUUUAUUAAACAUCAGUGGUGCUCCUUUUUUAAAUACGGGAUUGCCAGAUUUUUUAAGUUUUAUAUCGUCCCUGUCUUUGCUCAGAGGCUGAAGAGGGGGAAGUCUGAUUUUAAAUGGUGCUCCAUCCCCCUCUCUGCCCUACAGUGACAUGUACAUGAUCUAUAGAUUAAAGAGAAGAACUAUAUCUCACUCUCUACUGGUUGGUGCUUAGAAGCGGAGUCAGUGCUCAUUUAUGAAUGGAAUGUCUUUGUACUGUAACAGACGACUUCAGAUUUGAUUCUCCUCCUUUUGAACUUUCACAUAAUUGUAACGUGCUUUACUAUUCUGAGAAUUAUCAUAUUGUUGUAAUAAUAAUGAUUAUUAUUAUAUAAACACACAAGAGAUAAAAAAAAUGGACAUGUGUAUUGAGGCAAAGAUUUUGUGUCUGUUGUCUCUUCAUAAAUAUUUUCUUUGUUUUUUUUUUCCAAGGUAGCAUUAAUCUUCCUUACUCCUUAUUUAUGCUGUACUGAUCUACAUAAAUCUAAUCACACAAGAAGACAAACUGAGCCAGACCUGUCUUAAACACUCUGUGGUUUUGAUUAUUGAUUACAUGAAAAAAUAAAUAAAAACAUUUUGAUAGA